AUGCGCGUCACUCGUCUGAUUGUGCCGCUACAGCUCAAUCCCGAGGAGUUGUCUGUACCAACCAUCGAAUGCGUCCGUCCGGAGUCCACCCUGCGCACUUACUCUCGCAAAGAUAGAGGAGUACCGGGACAAUACGAGAAGACACGCGAGCUCAGUCAUCCCAGCUCUCAGGCGUCAGGCUCUGUCAUACGCACGCCUUCUCGCGGCCCAUCACCUGACGUGCUACUCAGCGCACCGCCAGAAACGGACGAAGGAGUCGGAUCGUAUGACACUACCGAUGAUCCACUGGACGCAUUUUGCGAUGAUAAGGAGGACGCUCGUCUACGCGAUCAUGGCACCUCCUCUCGGCCUACUUCUCCUCCCGCAAGUACCAGUACUCUGGACCUUGCUGCCCCAGACCUCGAUGACUGGGACUCUCCCCUCCAAUCAUCUCCGCCUCGCCCUGUACCUACGGACAGUAUCAAUCGUCCCAUCCCUUCUCGAUCUCCCUCAUUGGACCCUUUGCGUCUGACCUCGGCUGAACCAGUCAACCACGCCGCUGCUCCUUACUCCCCGCCUAACCCUGAAGCAGAGACAAUAGAUGCAGCGAUACAAGAGCUGCCAUCAUCUGCGCUGCCAUCCUCGCCGCUUUCCCAGCUAUCUAAUUCACCGCGCAGCUCUGCAUCGCGUGCCUCCUCUCGAAGCCGUUCCCCUAGUCAAAACCGAGGAUCUGUGGAGAUCGACCUCUCCGUGGACGCGGCGGAUUCCGGUGAAGGACAGGCCCCACGUUGGACGUUUCGGAAGCGUCAACCUAUCCAAAAACGUCCGGUGACGAUCCUGGACGGUCGAUAUGCGAAGCAAAUGAAAGCUGCUGAUCCGGAUGCCUAUGUCCCCCCCAGAUAUACUCGCGGGCGAUCAAGAUCUCGGGAGCGCGUGGGGAGCGGCAAUGGGGCCGACGACAGCCAGGACAAGGAAUGGCAAGAAGGGGAGACGCAGGAGGGUCAGGAGGAGGGCGACGGAGAGGGGUUUGAUGACUACGUCGACGUCGUGAGGGACCGGACGAGACGGGGGAGACGCUCCGCGAGCAGAGCCCGUAGUGGUGAUCGACUCGAAAACGAACAUGCGGAUCAGCAACCCAGCAACGCCAAGAAAUGGUACCCCAAAGCAUUCGACGAGAUGAGCGAUGAUGAUGUGGAUGGGGCUCAAUCCCGAGGGCGAACCCAGAAAUCGCAAUCCGAUUCUCAAGUGGUCGAGCCGAUACGGCGGAAAAAGUCCAAUGCAUUUCCCAUGCGUCUACCAAUUACCACAAACUCGUCGCGGAAAACCGUAUCUCCCAGGUCUAGGAAACGACGAGAGACAUCAUCUAGAGCUCGAUCUAGGACUGCGACCAAACCUGCACAUCCUCCUCAUGUCUCACAUGAUCACAUGGAAACAUUCGAUGUCGACGUCAAUGACCCGCAUCAUACAGUCGACGAUGAUAUGCCCUGGGAAAUAGUCACAGAUGCUGAUCGGCUGGCUGCAACCCCGCCGCCCAGCACGCCACCGGACUUCCAAGCUGCGGCCUUGCCAACCGUUGAUGCCCGGUCCAUACCGAACAGUGUGGACUCUCCUGUUCCAGCAUCUCCGGGUGGGGACUCCAACUCUGAUUCUCCGCAACAGUCCCCCGUUCGCGGCACCGCUUCAAGCUCAGGCUCGGAAGAUGGAGUCGAGUUGGAUCCGAAGCAACAGAAAAUCUUGAAAAAGAUGGGGCCGGUGGUUCUGUGGAAGCGUAUGGUCUUGGAGGACAAAUCUAGGCCAAAGAAUCUUCGCAAGAUUCGUGACAAACAUCGGGAUGAAUCUGGACCUUUACAGCCUGGCCAGUCCAGGGUCCGCCCUACUGUGGCGAAUGCCGACCGCGAAGUUCGCGGGGAUACGGAGAGCGAAGACGACGAACGCUCUUCUGGCGAAGUCUCCCCUCGCUUACGAUCAACUCCGGGGCCGGUAUCGUCUCCACGAAUGUCGGGAGGCCACAAGAGGCUCACCCGCACCAGGGCGCCGUCGCCCAGUCCGCGGACGGAAGUCAUUGAUCUCCCAAACGAUGACUCGGAGUCAUCGGAAGAAGGCGGCAUAAGCGAUGUGGUGGCUGAUGUCGACGACGAACUCGUGGCUACGUUCAACGACCCUCGGGCGUGGCAGGAGAGCGGUUCGCGUGGUCGUGUCAACGAAGGAAGCUUGAUUGACUACAUGUUGACAAGAACUUUGACUGGGAAGCGCUCUCGGCGGAUCUCCAAAGCGAGAUCCCAUUCGAAGCGCAGACGUGAUCCUGGAUCGCACGGCCAUGCUAGAAGGAGCUAUCCUCUCGAUAUCGUCGUCGGUGGAGCACGAAGUAGCGGUGGCACGCAUCAAACACGUCUGCCGUUUAGGACAGCGGGCGGGAGGGACCGACUCGCUGAUCGACAAUCUUCGUCUCGGCCUCUUUCCGUGGAGCCUGAGGAGGGAGACACAGACGGGAGCGUUGCCGGUUCCACGGAUGCUCCAAACGUCCAUAAAGCGGUUCUUGCAGAAACCCAGCAAAAGCGGAAGAAGAAGAAUCGUGGACAUCGUCAGAUGCAUCUUCACGUUCAGAAGUCAGAUGGACGCCCGCUUAUAGGACUUCGCCGACGACCGGAUGCUGUUACCAUUGAUCUUGAAGACGAGUCGUUCCACAUAGCGCUCGCACCCUUGCAGCGAGAGGAGGCUCGUGCUAGGGCCCGGAGACCCGCGCAAUCGCUCGGGCGAGACGGUAUGAAUGUCAGAAACCAACACGCCGCGGCAGUUGAUCAUGACGAUAAUCACGCUGCGCCUCAUCGUCGCUCAUCGUCUCCAGAGAGGUCGUUCGGUGGUACGACUACCAUCAGCUUAGACUUCGGGAUCAAGCUCUUUCGCCCCGGGCUCCGCUUCAGCAGACGUUUCUAUCUCGGUAGGGAGGGCCUGUACAGCUUGGUUGCAGCCUUGGGUGGACAGGAGGAAAAGGACGCAGUGGUGCUUCCUAGUGACGUCAAUAUCGUUCCUUCUUCAAGUGCAGAACUCUGCACCUGGUUCUCUAGCUACUGCACCGCCUUACUGGCCAACGUGAACGACGCUACCCAGGAUGAGGACGACGUCCUCGAUAGGAGGCUCCAUGAAGUUGCCCGAUACGUUUCGAAUUUCCUCAGCACGGACGCGAGCGUGAAUGCUAGCGAGGCCAAGGCGAGUGUCGUGCAUGAAGCAAUUCAGCUGGUGGCUGCACUUGAUCGUAGCAUCCCUGGGACGCUUAGCUACGACCACCAUAUAGCAGGACGUUAUCUCUCUAUCCACUGGUUCGCUGUGGAAGUAACUGCAAGACUAAGCUGGAAGCAUGGAGCUGGCAACGACGCUGCGAUUGCAGAAGGCCCUUUUGGUUCACUUCUCAGUCUUAUCUGUUCAUUGUGUAGACGGCUGCAAGAAUGCGGUGUGCAACGCUCGGUGGACGCCCUGGCGAAGGUGGAUAAGGACCUUGACCAUCCUUCUCCGCAGGUCCGCGGAGCGGAACUGUGGAUCUGCCUAUUCCAUUUAUCGAUCGCUUGCCGGGAUCGCCUCCCUGGUUUGAGCAACACCUCAGACCACCCGCUCUUCGAUAUCCUGCGCCAACCUCAGAGCUGCCCACUACUCCAGUCGGACCUAGAGGCCAGUGAGACGCUCUGGAGAAGCAUCUUCAGCCUUAGUGCUUUAUCCCAAUUCUCAGCCCAUGGAAUGGCCAGGUCAGAUCCCUCUAUGCCACCGUCUUGGGACGUUGUACUUUUAGCACUCAAGCAAAUUCGCCUCACGCACGAGGCCGCUGAUGAAGGACUCAGUCGAGCCGCCCUGCGAAAAAGGGACGAAUACGUGCGCUUAGUAGUGUUUAGGUGCUUUCUCCUAUGCAAGACGUGGAAAUGGAGUUUACACGGCGCAGUUCCUGUCAUCACGCAUCUCAUGGAGAUCUUCAAGAGCCGUCGAUUCUGUAACCUUCAAGGUGAACGCUCCGACUUCCCAGUCUUCAUACGAGAGCACAAUAUCAAGAUGCUUUUCGAAUAUGACCAACACGACACUGCCUUCUCGUGCUUCCUGAAGCUUAUAUUUCGCGCAGCGCAAGACUUCAAAAGCGAUAAAGUGUCGGGGGCACCUUCAGCGAAGCUCAGAAAGGUGUUGUCCCUCGUUAUACCAGUCGGAUCUGUUCCCUUCACGAAGUCCAACCCACCGCUUCAACGAGACUUGUCCAUGCUUUUCAAUCGUAUAUGCACAGUCUUCCUGGGCAUCCUCCUAGAACCCUCCCCCGUUUUCAUACACCAUAGGUUUGGACUCGCGCAAGGAUAUGCCGAUUUUCGACACGCUGAUUUUGCUACUCGGCAUGCAUGCAUUCGAGGCGCCAUGUACUUCACAAUCCUAUUCCGACAUUUGAAUCUCCCAUUGAACCAACCCAUGGCUUGGGCGAAGGACAUGGCCCAUAUUCUUCUCGAAGAGUACAGGACGUCGCCUGUGGUUCAUGCACCAAAACUCGCCGCCAACCACGAGAAGGAUCGAAUAGCGACGCUCAUUCAGAUAUUGUUGAUGUCACUACAGAAGGCUGUGGAGGUAUGCACGAUGGACCCCAAUGAAAACAAGGUCGUGUAUCCUGAUCCUGCCCUUCUGGACGGACCUUGGAUAUCCGAGACACUGAAUCCAACGGUGGGAUUGGUCGACUUGCGGUCGACAGGUUACGCAGUCCGGAGUCUGGUCCAGGCAUUCCUCGAUGCCCGUUCUGCUUAUAUGCCUAAACCACGUAGGCCGAGGAAGACGCAUCACAGUGAAGACAGUCAAGAGUAUGAUGACUUCGAACUGGACCUGAAUGAUCCAGCACUUCUUGUUGCACUGGGAGAAGCCCCUGCUGAGCGCUCCGACGCCGUCAUAAAGGAGGCACGCCUUUGCCAGAUCAUCGAUAGUCACAUUAUGACACCGAUAUUUCGCUUUGUCUGCAAACAUGUUCUCGACCCCAACGAAAACCUGUGGACGCUGGAACAAUUCCGCAACGAUGCUGAUCAUUGGGUAGACUGCUGGGUUGGCUGUGCCAACGUUCUAGUGCAGAACGGGCUGAAAGACUGGUCGCGGUUUUAUGAAUACGGAUCGGGAUCCUGGGACCAAAUCAUGGACACUGCGAAGCGAAGACGUGUUAGCCUGCGAUUCAUGUACACGCUAUUGCGAUUGGAUCCUCAAGCGUAUACAAAGGAUACGACACGUUUCAUGCAAGUGAUGGCAGAAUCCUUGGUGACGGCCACGGUGUCCUUUGAGCAUAAAUAUGUUGCUCUGUUACUUUCCAUUGACGACCUUGAGCAUCCCCUGUUACGAGGGUUGUCGGUGACACGCGCGAAUGGUCAGGAAGACUUCGACUUCACGGUACCGCAGUUCCUCGCGACACGGUGUAUGAUCCUCGAAUGCAUGUUCAAGAAUCUCGAGGCGAAUCUGCCACGGCAGAUAUCUGCAGACGUGCGGCUUGCUCGUCACAACCAGGAGUAUAUGAACAUCGUGGCUGCAGCGCUUUCGACGAUGAAGGACAUUGAAACGUCCCUCCCCCCAGAGGACACCCUCGUUAAAGAGAGCUACGGCAGAUUUCGCCACAGCAUCAUGGAGUCACUGACACGUCAUCCUGCGGUUGCUGCUGCGCCGCGGCUCAGACCGAUAAUCGAAUCAUUCCGCAUUUCAUAGCAUGAUUUAUACCAUCGACAUCCACAAUGUACAUCAGGCACUUUGUACUUCUACACUC